AUGGCAGCGUGGUUGUGUGACCUUACAUCCCAGUACGCUUUGAAGGUAACGGCAUAUUCAGCCAGUUCAGAAUCACAUUGCGGAAGCUACACCAAUCUAACAAAUCCUGCACUGCGUACUGACAAUAACGACCUAACACUUGUUCAAAUACCGCUAGGAUGGUACCGGUAUACUGGGACUGAUGCCGGUAUCAUGGCAACUAGCUGUCCGAACGGAAACAUCGAGUGUGGUGCAAAACAACUAGUCUGGAUUCAAGCGACAACACCAACACCAACAACUACGACGACCACACCAACACCAACAACUACGACGACCACACCAACAACUACGACGACCACACCAACACCAACAACUACGACGACCACACCAACAACUACGACGACAGCACCAACAACUACGACGACCACACCAGCAACUACGACGACAGCACCAACAGCUAAGACGACAGCACCAGCAACUACGACGACCACACCAACAACUUCGACGACAGCACCAACAACUACGACGACCACACCAACAGCUACGACGACCACACCAACACCAACACCAACAACUACGACGACCACUCCAACAUCAACAACUACGACGACCACACCAACACCAACACCAAAAACUACGACGACAGCAUCAACAGCAACACCAACAUCUUCGACGAAAUCAUCAACACUUACACCAAAUACUUCGUCACCAACAACAACAACUUCGAAAACAACACCAAGAACUGCAACUACGACAAGAACAUCAACAUCAACACCAACACCUACAACGACAACGUCGACACCAAACUUGAGAAUAACUGAAUUGUUAACGCCGUCAUCGAACACUACACUCAGUAAGCGUUUGUCCCGUAACACUUCUAGCCGGAUCGCAUCAAGUGGUGCUUUUUAA